UUUUCGCCGGGUGUUUUUGUCGAGGAAAGCUGUCUUGUAACAUUUACCCGUUCUUAGCGGGCAAUAUGACAUACUACAAGUUCAGCGGUUUCAGUCAGAGGUUGACAGGGUCGGCACCGACCCUAGCCUACAGCCCGCAGGGUCUGAGGCCUGGCUUGCCAGUAGAGCCCCCAAACAUGACGUUUGCUACACCCACCAAAAUGGUGUCAGAGUCAGGGGCCAUUGUGGAGUACCUUGGGGUGAAUAAGGUACCAGACUUCCAGAGACUGUUCCAGACAUCAGAUGGUAUUCCAGUCCACCUCAAGAGAGGUGUUCCUGACAGAUUGUUGUACCGCACCACAAUGGCUCUGACAGUAGGGGGCGCACUCUACUGCCUUGUGGCUCUCUACAUUGCUGCACAACCCAGGAAAACAACUUAAACCCAUCAAGGUGUUACCGUAUAGGCCGAAGUAGUCUAUGCGUCUUAAUCCCCAUAAAAUCUAGCGGCAAAAGGUGAUAUUGGUACCUUUUGCAUUUCACCAUUAAUUUAUCCCAUAAGGAAUUUUAUAAUAGUUUCAAAUAAGGUCUGUGUUUUGUUUAGGCUUCCCCCUGCUCUGCGUUUUGAUCAUUGUGUAAAUCUUGUCAGGACAAGGUGACGUUUGUCGACACAUUUUCUUCAGUUAACUCUAUCAAAAAAUCUUUGCCUAUAUUUUGUCAAUACUGAUAAAAGUCAACUUGUCCUAUAGAUAUUUACGCAGUUAUUAAAAUGUUGAGGUGAUAUAAUCCUACAUGAAACAGACUUUAUUUAAAAAAAAAAUCCCCUAUGGAAGAAAUUAAUGGUGUGAAAAUGCAAAGAAAAUUAAAAAGGUUUUAUUUGGAUUUUGACUCAUACUUUUUCAGUCAAUCGUCCAGCCUGGUUCAGCCCAGCAGAUGCCGACUCGGGCAUAUUCUGGAGGGCCAAAUUUUACAAUGUUUGGGAAGUGUUUAUAAUGUUUGGGAAGUUUCACAUCAUGAAAUAUCCUGGCUAAUCCCAAUCCAGGGCUCCCUAAUGACACCAUCCACAGCUCUAAGACCAAAACUGUGCUGAGGUUUUGAUGAUGAUAAAGCUAAGGAAAAAGAUCCCUGUAAACGCAUAAGGAUAUGUGAUGUCUGUCCAGGUCGCAAACACAAUGCAACUGUUGUCUGUCUUGAUUAUUUUUUUAAUAAAAAGACAAGUUUGUAAAUGUCA